UUAAUUUUCAGCCAUUUUCAAUCGCUCCUUCUCGCAGAAAAAUGGCGUCCGGUUUAAUCGGGAGAUUAGUUAGAACCAAACCGGCGAAAUUAACCUCAACGGCGAGGUUAAUCCCGUCGCGAUGUACAUCCUCCGCAACGGAAUCAAAACCUUCGUCCUCCGGCGGCGGCGGGAGAGGAUCGAACCUGAAGACGUUCCAGAUCUACCGGUGGAAUCCCGAUAGCCCCGGGAAGCCUGAGCUCCAAGACUACCAGAUCGAUCUCAAGGACUGUGGCCCGAUGGUUCUCGACGCUCUGAUCAAGAUAAAAAACGAGAUGGAUCCGUCGCUCACCUUCCGCCGCUCCUGCCGGGAAGGGAUCUGCGGCUCGUGCGCGAUGAACAUCGACGGGUGCAACGGGCUCGCGUGUCUGACGAAGAUCGAAGACGGAGCUAAGGAGACGACGAUCACGCCCUUGCCGCAUAUGUUCGUGAUCAAGGAUCUGGUGGUGGACAUGACGAAUUUUUAUAAUCAGUACAAGAGUAUUGAGCCGUGGCUGAAGAGGAAGAGUCCGGCGUCUGAGCCUGGGAAGGAGAUUUUGCAGAGUAAGAAGGAUAGGGCUAAGCUUGAUGGGAUGUAUGAGUGUAUUCUCUGUGCUUGUUGUAGUACCUCGUGUCCUAGUUAUUGGUGGAACCCUGAGUCUUACCUUGGCCCUGCCGCUUUGCUUCACGCAAACAGGUGGAUAAGCGACAGUCGGGAUGAGUACACGAAGGAAAGACUUGAGGCUAUUGACGACGAGUUCAAGCUAUACCGUUGCCAUACAAUCUUGAACUGUGCACGUGCCUGUCCAAAGGGUUUGAACCCUGGCAAACAGAUCGCACACAUCAAGCAACUUCAGCGUUGAACAGCUUCUUUUAUGCAUUUUUUUUGUGGUACUCGUUGGGAAACUCAUCACCCUUUUUAAAGUUUGAAGUUAAUAAUCUUUCACAAAACUUUUGGCUCUUCUAUUGAUUCUUGUAUUGUUGUUGCCACAUAUUAGCACCUGAAAGUAGAGGAGCUUUGUGGUGUAUCUUGCUGAUCUCUCUCUAAGUAAUAAAACUCCAGAAAACUUCACAUCA